CUACAAUAGAGUGUCAUUGUUAAACCAACAGUACUGGUACUAUAUUACUGUAAUGGAUGGAAGAACAUUUUGAUCAUACACAUAAAUGAAAUUUGGAGAUUUUAACAUCUUGUCAUGGACUCAGGAGCAAUACAGACUAAGAAAGGAAAAAUGGAAGAAUCUUCAGCACCGUAAAGUCCUGUCAGUAAUUAUAAUCAGCUUCGUAGCUAUCAUUGCCUCAGUGAUUGUCUACUUUGUCAUUAUCCCAGCUGUUGCUGACUACGCAACUGUUAGGUUGCGAGUGCUGCGGGAUGGAACAGAGUCUUUCAAGAGAUGGGAAAAACAACCACUUCCCUUCAUUACCAAUAUCUACCUCUGGAACCUGACUAAUCCAGAGGAAGUCAGCAGAGGCAUGGCCAACCCGAAGCUGGUGGAGGUUGGACCUUAUGUCUAUGAACAGAUCACUUUAAAAAGACCAUUAGAGUUGAGAGAAGAUUCUAUAGUGUACAUGAAGACCUUGAUGUACCACUAUCGUGCAGAUCUUACGGCCCCUCGUUCACUAGAUGACAUAGUCAUAACACUGCAAGCAGCUCUUUACGGUGCUGCAGUGAUGGUGCAUAACAUGGCUCCCUCAAUGAUGGGCAUGGUUGAGAAAGCUGUUCCUUCGCUGUUCCCAGGGAUAAACUCUAUAUUUGUCCCUGUGAGGGUUGGAGACUACCUGUUUGAUGGAGUGGUUCUCAACUGUUCCAACAAAGCCUCAGUUUAUGCUCAGAUGGUCUGUAGAGCUUUGCCAAACAAUGCUCCUCAAACAAUACGGAAACUGCCAAACUCUUCUGACUACGCAUACUCAUUUCUACACCAUAAAAAUGCUACAGAGAUGGGGCCUUAUGAAGAGAUCAGGGGAGUGGAAGAUAUUCGCCAGAUUGCUCAACUUGUCAAACUGAAGAACCAGUCCCUACUAAACAUAUGGCAACCUAACUCUCAGUGUGAUCGACUGAGGGGGACGGACACCUUGAACUUUGCCCCUUUUGUAUCAAAAGCUGACAAGAUCGAAAUCUACAUUCCCGACAUUUGCCAAGUGUUGCCAAUUUACUAUCAAGAAGAAUCCGUUACUCAUGGAAUAGAAGUGUACAAAUUCUCAGUGACAGAUUGGCUGGACAGCAAAGAUGAAAAUCCUGACAAUGAAUGUUACUGUAUGGAAGAAAACGAGAGGUAUUGCUUCAAGAAUGGCGUUAGGGACAUAAGUCAAUGCAUGAACGCUCCUAUAGUAAUCUCACAUCCUCAUUUCUACCAAGGAGAAGCUGAAUUUAGAGAUUACGCACAAGGCUGCUCACCCGACCCAGAUAAACAUCUAAGCAUGGUGUAUCUUGAACCGCGAUCUGGUGUACCAGUAAAAGCAGCUAAGAGGAUUCAGUUCAACAUGCCACUCAAGAGGAUUAAGGGCUUCAGCUUUGUUGAGAAUGUCACCGAAGGAAUCUUCCCUCUAAUGUGGCUUGAAGAGUCAGUGGAAAUAGACGAGGCUCACCUUUGGCCUGUCAGGUUUGUCUUGAUGGCCGAAUGGAUAGUCAACUUCAUCUGUGUCUGUGUGGGUUCUCUUAUGGUGAAGAUUUUCGUCUGUGCGUUGCUCAGCUACCUUUAUCUCACCAGAGCUUGCUGCUUCCGUAAUAUCUCCAGCAAUAGAGUCACAGCUAUCUUCUACCACCCUAGGAGCUCGAGUGAUACUGACAGAGCUCAGCCGGAUCAAACUACCAUGUGAUUUUGUAAAAAAUACAAACACAGAACUAGAGUCAAGCUUCGGCUUAAGGUUUGCAUUGAGGGCAAAAUUGUUUCAUGUUAAGUUUGUGCUCAAGACUUUGUGCUAAAGUUUGAGAUUCGGUUGAAGAGGAGAGCAAAAGAGAUGGUUUCAUGAUUGAUUAAUCUCCUCGGGAUAGGAUUGUAACCAUUACAGAUUUAAAGGGUAAACUCCCCUUAUUACCGACUACCCUUCAUCAAAAUGUAGUAAAUCUAUUAGAAUUGUAAUUAUGAAUGUUAAAUUAGUUUUUCCCACAGGUUACCUGACAAAGUUGGCUUCCUUGUACUGUUUAUAGUACAGAAAGCUGCUAAUUGCUGCAUAUUUAUACUUUGUCGUACGGUUUAUAGGUACUUUGUCGUACGGUGUAUACUUUAGCGCACAUCAGGAUUCCAACGAAACAACAUAAAACAGCAUGGUUCUAUUAUGCACGUAAUCCGUGUACGCUUGGAAAUAGGUUGGCAACACUUAAAGAUAAUAUACUAUGAGCAGCUGAUUGAACUACGAUUUAACCUGUCAUUUUGUGUUUAUAGUUUCGGUAUUUCUGAACUUUCUGGACUUUUCUUUUAAACGUUUUUAAAACAUUCUUACGAUCUUAAUAGACAAGAAAAUACCUUUAAAGAAUUUUUUAGACGCGGAAACCACUUCAAAUUACAAAAAAAUACGGAACUAUAUUCUCAAGUCGCGGAGUACAUUUCUUGCAGAGGAAAAAUAGCGGAGUGAUACGGACCGGGUACUACUUUCUCUAGGGCACCUAUUUGUGUUGCCAGCUGAACCUAAAAACGUGUUGUAUAGUGUUUGUAAGACUAAUUAUUUAUAUGCUUUAUAGUGACUUUAGGAAAAAUAUAAUGUGUAACACGAGUGCAAAAGGCCUUUGCUGCACUCGAGAUCAUUCCGCACGAGCCGCAAACAUUGCUCUUGUGUGCAGCAAAGUGCCACUUUGCCCACUAGUUACACAAAUAACUAUUGAGGCACUCAUUUUCUUUUGCCGCACUCCAGCAUUUCAACACAAAACAGUGUGCAUUUAAUAGGCAUGUAAUACGUGUACGCUUGAAAAUAAGUUGGCAAAACUUAAAGGUACUACGACUACAAUCAGCUGUUGCAGCGUUUCCGAUUUCGUUCAAUGCUUGGAUUUAACCUAACCUAAAAACAUGGUGUAUAGUGUUUGAAAGACUGAUUAGUUAUAUGAUUUAUAGUAACUGUAGGCAAAGUAUAAUGUGUAAGGCGAGUGUAAAGUGCCUUUGCUGCACUAUAGAAACUUUCCACACCCACCUGCGGCUUCGUGCAUAACAUUUCUCUUAUGUGCAGCAAUGUGCCACUUUGCACAUUAGUUACAAAAAUAACUAUUGCUUUAUUACUCGUAGUUUUUAGUUUUAAUAAUCAAAGAGUUUUUGGUUAACUUGUGUUAAAUUGUUUACUGUUCUGUUCUUGUAUUUUUCUUUUCUGUUAUAUUGUAAAAUAUGAGGUUAUUAAAGAAGAAUAAUGCAAAACUAAACAUUUGGUAGGCCUAAAUCAAUUUCUGUUUUUCAAACAGCUGAUUGUUAAACCAAUGGAAAGGGCAUGUUCAUAUUGUUUCGACAAGUUUAUGUUUUGUCUCAGUUGCUUAGUUGAGUACAACGAAGCCUGCCAACAAAUGGCUACUACAAAAUAAGAAAAUGGCAUUUUACUGUCAGUCUUAACACGAGGCACACACACUUAAAAAAUGGCCCAAAGGUUUAAUGAUACUUUUAUUUUAUAUUACCUUAGAUAUAAUAU